AUGACGAUUCGAGUCCAUCUUCUCCCGUACGCGCCGUCCAAAGAGGAGAAGGAGUUAUUCACGAGCGGUUUGAGAGGCGAAAACGUGCACAACAAGCGAGUCACGAAACGGUUUGAAAAUCUUCUCUCGAGAAGAGGAAUAGGAGAAGGGAAUUUUACAUCGAACAACAACAACGUCACAUCGUCAUCCAUAAUAGCCCGGAUGAACCCGUUUAGUACCGAUGAAAACAACGCGUCUUGUCUGGUGAGCUGCGAAGGGUCGAAAGGAACUUUACGAUUUUCGAAAAUCGAUUUUGACGACCGCUCGAUUGUACGAAAAUAUCAACUUCAAGUCGAGGACGAGGACGACGACAAUAAUACUAACGUUGACGAUGAAAAGAAAACCGGGAAGAAAAAGAGAGUGGUGAACGCGAGAGAUGUCGCACACUUUGAGUUCAUAGACGACAAUCAGAUCGUAUUCGCGCAGAGAAACUCAAAGAAUAUUCUCUACGCCGAGUUGACGAAAGCGGUGCACUCGCCCUCGCAAGUGUACUUGUUCGGCAAACACGAAAAUCCCGUCUCGUGCUUAGCGGUUAACGCGAAUUCAAAAAUUGAUAUCGUUGCUUCAGGAGCGACAGAUGGAUCCUUAUUCGUGCACACCAUCAAAGAUGGUAAAAAAGUCGGGUCGUGUCGAAGGGCGCACGAUGGAGAAGGCGGCGUGAAGUGCGUUUCGGUAGUUAGAGAGAUGGAGGAAGAGGAAGAGGAGAGCAACGGGGAUAUUAUCGUUGCAUCCGGCGGUACCGACGGAAUCGUCCGGAUAUGGAUCGUAGAUUCGGACAAUAUUCGCCUGAAAAUGUUGUGUAGACUAGAUAACGGAGUUUCGCCGAUUUCGUGCGUUUCCUUGAAGUAUUACAAAUCUUCUUCGUCUCCGUCUCUGUCGUUUGCGAGAAUUUUUGUUGGAUCGAGCAACGAGGGAACGUUUCGCGUGUGGAAAAGUACACUAUUCAAAUCUGGAGGAGAUAUUAAGAACGCAGAUUGGAGCGUCGAGCUUUUACAAAACGCGGUGGCAAAGCGGUUGCGAGGAAAUUUCAACAACUCCGUCGACGUUGAGUCUUGUUCGAUGAGCGAAGACGGGAGGUCUGUCGCCUUUUCUUCAAAUGGCGUGAACAGUGAAAGCGAUGUCGUCGAAAAGUCCAUACUACAAGUUAUGUGUCUGAAAAGAGAUACUAGUAGCGAUAAUAGCGAAGAGAAACAACAAAAGGAAGAAAAAUGGGUUACGCAGGCUGCAACUGAAGAUUUAGGCCCGCUUUGCGGUUUGCGCUUCCUCGGUUCUCAUCGACUCUUCGCACCGAGCAAAGAGAACGGAGUUCCACGAAUCCUGGACGGAAAUUUGAAACCAAGCAGGGUAGUGGCAGCGGAUGGUGUUACUUCAAAGCCAGUUACUAGAGCAAAACCUCUCCCGCAUCUUCCAUCCGCUGAUAAAGAGGAUGAGAUAAAGAGAAAGCAAACAACGAGCUCUUCGGAAAUAAAGAAAUACGAAGACGAGAGCGAGGAAGAAGAGGCAGAUUAUGACGACGACGGCGACGACAAAAGAUCAUCGAAAGAGAACGCAAGUAUUUCUCCACCAACGAUAAAGAAAGUAUCGUAUCCAUCAAUGUCAUUUUCGCCAACUGUAAACCUCGAGGAUAUUUGGAAUAGUUCGAAAAGAGAACCGCGAGUUUGCGACACCCGACGUUGGUCCCCAACUAGUCUAUUGCUGAAAAACGGACAUCCGACGCGUGUAGAUUAUUAG